AUGGAUUCUCAUGCCUUGCAAGACUUCCAAAGUGCACUCACAUGCUCCAUUUGCAUGAAUUACUUCUUAGAACCUGUCACCAUAGACUGUGGACACACCUUUUGCCAACCCUGCCUCUACCUCUGCUGGGAGGAAGCCCAAACACCCAGGUGCUGCCCUGAGUGCAGAAAAAUAGCAGAGAAGACAGACUACAGGACCAACACUGCCCUCAAGAAGCUGGCCUCUCUCACCAGACAGGCCAGACCUCGCUCUGUAAGCAGCUCUGGGGAGCAGCUCUGCAGGAGAAACGGGGAGACAAAGGGGCUCUUCUGCAAGGUGGACAAGAGCCUGCUCUCUGCACCCUGCUCUGAAUUACCCAAACACACAGUUCAUAGCUACAGCCCAGUGUCAUGCACGGAGGAGGAGAAUAGGGAAAAAAAUGUAAAGGAAAUGGAUCAUUUAUGGCAAAUGACUCAGGAGAUGCAAGAUAAUCUAAAUGAAGAAAUUAGCAAAUCUCAAUCAUUUGUGUACUAUGUGGCCUUAAGGAAGAACAUGAUUCAAAUUCGGUAUCAAAUGAUGCAUCAAUUGCUCCUGGAGGAGGAACGAUUUCAACUGGAAACAAUAGAAAGAGAAGCACAGGAGAUUGUGCAGCAACUCAGAGACAGUGAAAUCAGAAUGGCUCAACAGAGGGAAAGGCUGAAAGAAAUGUACAGGGACCUGACUGAGAUGUGCCACAGGCCUGACAUGGAGUUGCUCCAGCCUAGUCCCAAUAAACUUUACUAA